UUAUUGGUGUGAGUGUGCAAAAAAUGUAAACAGAAAUAGAAAAAUUGUUGAUUUUUGCUUUAAAAAAAAAAAGUAUUUUCGGGAAAUCGGUGAGAAUUCCGCGUGAAAAAUGCGUAAAUACCAGCAAUUGGCCUUGGUGAUCAUCUCCCUGAUCAGUGUGGCUGUGCUCAUCAUGUACAGGAAUGAGAAUAGCAAACUUCGGUACAUCCUGGAGGUUGUCAACUUCUUCGGGCGGAGCGAUGCCGCUGCCUUGGUGCGAAUUGAGAACAGCACAGCCUUCUCCCACCUCACUGCGGACUUUUCCACCCCACUGCCCAUGUGGACGCGUCUUGGGAGUGAAUUCCACGCAUAUGCUGCAUUCUGGCACAAGAACACCUUCACAGCCGGCGGGGAAGUUGUGACGAUUGUUGUUGGUCUGCGGCAGGCAAUUGUCAACUUCCGGUGUCAGCUGCAGUUCCCUGGACGCAUCACCCUGCUCACGGGGAAGUUUGAAUUCACACGCGAAGAGCAGAAGGAUGCUGAUGGAGAUUUCCUUGCCUACCGCUUCCUGUGCAAAGUUACCCGAGACUUUGGGACCCCAGAGAACGUUGCCUUCAUCAAUGCCACAAGCAAGACUGAGCAUUUUCUUCCCAUCCGCAGUGCCCGGAAUACCACAUUGACCCACAAAUCAUCCCUCGUUGCGUGCGUGGAUAUGGUUUCAUCCACCCUUGGCGGCUCUGCCGGGAAAUCCCUUCACAUCCCCGACGUGGACAUCCUGCAGUACUUUAUUCACCAUCAAAUUGUGGGAAUUGAUGAAUUCAUCGUGUACGACAGGUACCACAUAACAAAUCACAUCCAGGAACUUCUCUAUCGGCAUGGCAUUAAAAUCUCCAUCCUCCCCUACAACUUCCCCUUCACCGAAGCCACGGAGGCACAGAAUCGCCCCUUCCUGGAGAUGGAUUGCCUCCUCCGGGCACGCAAUGAAGCAAAAUAUGCCUUCCUGACCACAAUCACGGAAUACUUCUACCCAGAAAUAAGUCUCAAGCGCUCAAAGAUCCUCUUCAAGACACUUUCUGCCUCCACGGAUGUCUUCCGCUUCGACGUCACCACAAAGACCGUCUGCACGGAGGAUGGUGUCCGGAUCUUGGCUGAGAAUCACCUAUACGACCCAAAUGCAAAAACCCAGCAUCCCUUCCUCAUCUACCGCAUUGAUCAACGUGCUCUGGACAAUCCCCGGAUGCAGGAUUUGGAUCCACAUGUAGCCAUUGUGCAUCGUUACACACAAUGCCAAAGCAAAAACAAUCUCAUUGACUGGCGGACAACGCUCAAAAGUGAUCACUACAGCUACGUAAUGAAGAUCACGGAGGAACUGAAGAAGGUCCUGUGAACAUCCCAUUUGGCAGCAAUUUGAAGUUUUUGCACUUUUUGAAAUAAAAUUGUUUUCCCGGAACAAAGCUUCCCGGAAAGUGCCAAAAGUAGCUGGAAGUUGCAUAGUCAUCCGUCCCAUUGCAUCAGGAAGUUUCUAAGGAAUCUUAGGAACCUUUUCUUCAACACCCGGCUGAUUCUUGAUGUCAUUUGGGUGUCAAAAUCUGUCAAUAAAAAUGAUUUGCGCAAAAAUCAAAGGAAACUCCCAAAAUUAACAGAUUUUGACCUCUAACUGAUAACAAGCUUCACCCGGGUGAUGAAAAGAAAGCUCCAAAGAUCCUUUAGAAGCUUCCUGAUGCAAUAGGAAGGACGACUGCGCAAGUUCCACCAACUUACAGCACUUUCCGGGAAGCUCAUCCAACCGGUCCAGGAGUACAAACUUCAAGUUGCUCCAUUUGGCUGGCUUUUGUAAAGCAAUUCAACGUCGCAUAUUUAAGCCUUUUAGCAUUAUAGACUCACCAUUUACGGCAUUUAGGGCGUUAAUUAGUAAUUUAAAAAGAAAAACGACAAUUAGAGCGAAUUUUUCUCCUCAUCUUGUAUAUUAUACCUCACUCUCUGAAUUAUAAUUAAUUACAACAAUA